AUGUCAGCAACAGACCUGAUCAGCGCUAUUGCUGAACGGAACAAGGACCCUGUUAUAAAUUUCUUCACUAGUGCUGGUUACCUGCAAAAUGUGAAUCCGCAUACCCACGCUGAUAGGAUUCUUGACAUUCUCCUUACACCCAGCACCUACACUCUUGAUGUUGAGCUUCUUCCUCAGCUAGCCUCACAAGACCACGCAAUUGUCCAUUUCGAAACACCUGUAUCUAUGUGUGUCGACUGGUUUACUCUAUUCCAUCAAUACUCUUCAUGUUCGGACAUUCAUCUCAGAUUCCGCAAGAACGUUUAUGAGGGUCUUGCAAAAUUUGUUCCUUUUCGAUUUCCUCGCGCAUUUUGUAUGGAUCUUCCACCUCAACUGAAAGCCUUGAUCUCUCAAAGGCACAAAAUGAAGGGCAAUGGAAGACUCCCUGGUCUUGUGGAUCAAACAGCAGUUAUUUAUAUCAGAGAUGCUGAAAAAGCUAAUUCCCUAGCCCUGCAUUUUACCAAUAUCUACAAAUACCCCAAGUCUCUUAAACCGUCGGUUAGUGAAACGUAUGAUGGAGUGAAUUGUAUAUAG